AUGCCUCAGCAGCAGAGCAGCGCGCCCACGUAUGCGCAUCCGCGGCAGGGCCUGGAGGAGCUCGGGGACCGCGCGGUUUGGAGCGUGAGCAGCAGCAGCCAGGGCCACGGGGUCGAGGCGUUGCGGGACGGCGAUUUCACGAAGACGUUCUGGCAGUCGGACGGCGUGGCGCCACACACGGUCACGGCGUCGUUCUACCGCAAGACCGAGAUCAGCGAGGUCUACCUGUACCUAGAUUCGGAACACGAUGAGUCCUACACGCCCUCGCACAUCGUAGUGCUCGCGGGCCCGCGCGAGGAGGAGCUCGCAGAGGUGGGCCAGGCGACCGCGGACCACCCGCAGGGCUGGAUCCGCAUCGGCCCGCUGCAGGCCGCGGGCGGCCCCGCGCGCGCCUGGGUGUUCGUUGUGGCCAUCGUGCAGAACCACCAGAAUGGGAGGGACACCAAGAUUCGACAGCUGCACAUGCUCGGGCCGAAACAGGAGCCCCUGCGCGGCCCCACGGAGCGGCCCAUCGCGCGCAUGAUGGCUCGGGCCGCGCGGUAG